AUGGGUCCAUGAUGGGCCCAAUAAGGUCCACCACCAUGUCCUCUUCACCUGUUUAGGAAAACAGUUUCUUUCCUUUCCAGUUCAAUAAAAUCUCUUCUCUUAACAGGGUUUUGAGUGGUGUGAAUGACUAAUGUCGAUUCCCUACGGGUUCGGGUCGGGACCAUAUGGAUGUUAGUGUUCUAAUCAUAUAUCGCUUUCUUUUGUUAAACUUGGUCACAUUCAAUGGACUUUUCAUGGUUUAAACUUUACACAAUCUUUGAUUUUAAUUUGCUGAUUUACGUGCAUUAUGUAAUUGUCAGUGUAUCUGUUUGUUUUCACUCUUUCUGUAGAGUUGGAUUUCUGUCUAUCGUCAUCUAAAUAAUUUGGUACAUUUGAUCAGGUUUAUUUUUAUGAAAUUAAAUAAAAUUACCAUAAUUAUCUUAAAUUCAAUUUUCUUUUUCAUCCCCACAUUUGCUUAUGUAGUAGUCUCUUUGUUUUUAGAUUGUGAAUGCUACAUCAAGGCAAUUGAUUUUGGCACUCCGAAUCAAGUUUUUGGCACUUCUCCUAAUCACAUCACAAAGUUACGAAAGAAGUGUCAAAUUAACUUUUGGAGUGACAAAAUCAUUUCUCGUGAUGUACAAGAUUUAAAACGUAAUUAACAAAAUUUAAAGAGUGACCUCUUAUUUAGUGGUGAAAUAAUUAUAUCGUUUCCACCAAUUUAUCUAGUCGCUAAACAAUUGUCUAUUGUCUUUGUCUAGUAGUUUGGUGAACUAUAUUCUACCAUUACUUAAGUUCGACCCCUAAGAAUCAAAAUGAACAUAGUUCCUCUGUUUCAGCUACAUCACUAGUUUAUGUUAUGUUGGGCAAUAAAGUUAGGAUCCAUUUGUUUCAACUUACUUUAACUUAUUUUUGACUUAUUUCAGAAAAGCUAAGUUUAUAUAAACUUGCACACGUUCAGAAAAAAUAAGUUUAGAUAAGUUCACAAAAAAGUAAGUUUUUUUUAUACUAUUACCAAAUACAGUAUAAGUUAAGGAAAACAAGUUCAGAUAAGUUAAUAUCAUCAGGUGAACCAAACAGAGCCUUAGUUAAAUGUAAUAAUGCGCAAGUUAAGGCAAAUUAGCCGAUAAUGACUUGUGUGUUUGUGAGUGACAAAGUGGUACAUUUAGGCGUCUAAUCUGUGGGUUUUACCUGACAAAUUAAGGACCUUCCCUCCCUCUCUCAAGGGUCCCUAUUAUGUUAUGUAGCUAUUCCACAGCUUGUUAUAGUGUAACUUUGUAAGUAUUCUCAUUUCCAUGCAACUUUUGUAGGGUCCCCUUUCUCACCAUCCCUAGCAGAAAACCAUGGCAGUUUCUUGGGUAUACAUUACAUCCUUAUGAAUUUUGAAGGGUGGAACAAAAACAAAACUUACUCUGUUCUCUAAACUCAUAUUAGCACCGUUGAUAUUUCAGAAAUACUCAGAUAUUUCCUGAAACAGGUUCCCCCUCUCACGUGCAUCCCUUUUCUUGCUUUCAUCUAUUUUUUGAAUUUUUAUACCUUUCUUAAGUUUCAUACUGAUAUAAGAACAAUAAUCCUCUUACUCAGUUUACUCCUCUGUUUUCUUUGCUAAAAAGAAAAUUCUUUGUUAGCCUAGUUUUAUUUUAUGCAUAGGUUAAGAUGGCCCUAGAAAUGAUGCCUAACUAUAAUGAUUUCUUCAACUUCAUGGUCUAUGAAACUCUGAAUAAUGCUCCUAUAUAUGGAAGUAAUUUUGGCAUUAUGGAUGAUCUUUUUGUAAUGGAAAACCCUGAAAAUCUUGGUGGUAUAUCCGGAUUGGGAUCCAUGGAUCAGUGUCCGAGUAGUAGAACAGCUAGCAAGAGGGUGAACUUAGGUGUUGUACAAGGAAGGAAGGUGAGAAGGAGAAGGCCAAAAGUUAGCAAGAACAAAGAAGAAGCUGAAACACAGAGGAUGACUCACAUUACUGUUGAGAGGAAUCGCAGGAAACAGAUGAAUGAACACCUUGCUGUUCUUCGUUCUCUUAUGCCUGAAUCUUAUGCUCAAAGGGGUGAUCAGGCCUCAAUAGUUGGUGGUGCCAUAGAAUUUGUGAAGGAGCUUGAACAUCUUGUACAAUCCCUUGAACUUCAGAAGAUGAUCUUUCUGCAACAAACAGGAAUUAUGAAAUCAGAAACCGGUGACAGUAACAGUAACAGUAACAAUACUCCAACCACAACCUACAACAGCACAUUGUCAACUCAAUUCCCAGAAUUUUUCACAGAUUCUGAUCAAACUUUUUCUGAAGUUGGUAACAAGUAUACCUUAAAGAGCAAAGCUGAAGUAGCUGAAAUCGAGGUCACCUUGAUCGAAACCCAUGCAAAUCUUCGAAUCCUUUCGAAGAAAAAUCCAAGACAGUUAUCAAAAUUGGUUUCUGGUUUCCAAACACUUCGGUUCACUGUUCUUCAUCUCAGUGUCACCACAUUGGACCCUUUAGUCCUGUAUUCCAUCAGUUUGAAGGUAGAAGAAGGGUGCCAGCUCACUACUGUAGAUAGUAUUACAGAGGCAGUUCAUCACAUGCUUAGAAUAAUUGAGCAAGAUGUUGCUCCUUCUUUGUUAACUUAUUAAGCUUCAAGAUAGUGGCGGAUCUAGAAAUUGUACUAAGUGGGGUCACUAUUACAAAAUUACUGAAAAAUUAACAAAAUCAAGUACUUUUUAAUACGAAUUAAUCAAAAAUUGAUUACAAUUA